UCCAUUUGCCCCCCUCUCUCCCCUUGCUGUCAGUCGCUGGAGGAUUUGUCGGAGUUUUUGUUUUUUCUUUCUUUCUUUUUUUCUUUUCUCCCGAGCGUCUCUGCAUCUGUAAGGAUGUUGUUGUGGCUGCUUUUGUUCCUUCCUGGCAUCGCUUUGGCUCAGCGGUCAGAGCCCAUGUUCUCAGCUAUAACGAAGACCGUCCUUCCUCCGGACUACGAGAACAACCCCACACAGCUCAACUACGGUGUGGCCGUCACUGACGUGGACGGGGAUGGAGACCUGGAGAUUUUUGUAGCUGGCUACAACGGUCCAAACCUUGUGCUGAAGUACGACCAGCACCAAAAGAGACUCGUGAACAUCGCCGUCGACAACCGCAGCUCCCCGUUCUACGCCCUGAGAGACCGUCAAGGCAACGCCAUCGGGGUGACGGCGUGUGACAUCGACGGAGACGGACGGGAGGAAAUUUAUGUCCUGAACACCAAUAACGCCUUUUCUGGUCGGGCGACGUACUCCGACAAGCUGUUCAAGUUUCGCAAUGGACGCUUCGAAGAUCUGCUGAGCGAUGAUAUUAACGAACACAGAGAUGUGGCCAACCCGAUGGCUGGGCGCUCAGUGGCCUGUGUGGACAGAAAGGGCACAGGGCGCUACGCUAUCUACAUCGCCAACUAUGCCAGUGGGAACGUGGGCCCUCAUGCUCUCAUCGAAAUGGACGAGGCGGCGAGUGACCUUUCCCAGGGCGUCGUGGCCCUCUCCAACGUGGCGGAACAGGCAGGAGUCAACAAGUUCAUCGGAGGGAGAGGCGUCGUCGUGGGGCCCAUUGUCAGUCAGAGUCUAUCUGAUGUGUUUUGCGACAAUGAAUACGGACCCAACUUCCUGUUCAGGAACAAUGGAGAUGGAACCUUCACUGAUGUGGCGCAGCAGGCCGGUGUGGAAGACCCCAUGCAGCACGGCAGAGGGGUGGCGCUGGCUGACUUCAACCGUGACGGCAAGACCGAUAUCGUGUACGGGAACUGGAACGGACCUCAUCGCUUGUACAUGCAGCUGAACAAUCGCAAACAAAGAUUCAAGGACAUCGCAUCCCAGAAGUUUUCCAUGCCUUCCCCGGUCCGAACCGUUAUCGCCGCGGACUUCGACAACGACAACGAGCUGGAGGUGUUCUUCAAUAACAUCGCCUACAGAGGCCCCUCCGCCAACAGACUGUUCAGGGUGAGCAGACGGGAACAUGCGGACCCCCAGAUUGAAGAGCUGAAUGUUGGAGAAGCAUCAGAGCCUGAAGGACGAGGAACCGGAGCUGUAGCCACAGACUUCGAUGGCGACGGGCGUCUGGAGCUGCUGGUGUCUCACGGCGAAAGCGCAGCACAGCCACUCUCCAUUUACAAAGUCAACCAGGGAACGUCGAACUCGUGGCUGCGAGUGAUUCCUCGCACCAAGUUUGGCGCCUUCGCCAGAGGUGCUAAGGUGGUGGUGUACACGAAAAAGAGCGGGCCGCACACACGGAUCAUCGACGGCGGUUCGGGGUAUCUGUGUGAGAUGGAGCCUGUGGCCCACUUUGGUCUGGGUAAGGAUGUGGCCACCAAUGUGGAGGUUUACUGGCCGGACGGGCGCUCCGUGGCCCGGCCUCUGGAGCCUGCCGAGAUCAACUCUGUGCUGGAGAUCCACUAUCCGCGAGACGAAGAGGAAAUCACCCCGACUGUGGAAAUAGAGUGCGGCCAUGGCUUUGCUUUGAAUGAGAAUGGCCGGUGCACAGAUAAAGAUGAGUGUACCCAGUUCCCCUCUGUGUGCCCCUCUGACCGCCCUGUCUGCACCAACACUUACGGAAGCUACAAAUGCCGUGCCAAGCGGAGAUGCAACCAGGGCUUUGAGCCCAACGAUGACGGGUCGGCGUGCGUGGCCCAGGUGGCUUACUUUGGGGGAACACGGUCUUCUGGGGAGCGCAAGUGGUCCGGCCUUUGGUUGUGGCCACUUCCUGUCUCUGUGCUACCGCUAAUCUCCACCCACCUGCAGACGGGAGAGCUGUAGCUUUCACUGCUCUUUCCCCGCCUCACUCGUGAACAUGUACAGAAACUCUCCGAGAAAACUUUUCUCCAAACUAUCUGCCCAACUCUCUUCUCCGUGGAUCUCUGCUACCUUUUUUCCUCCUCCGUUAGCCGACACGCUGUCUUUCCCCCCCCCCCUGUCAUCGCUGCUCUGCUUCACCCCUUGGCUCCCGGCCCCCCCCACCCCGUCGGACUAUCGAGGAACAUACAGGGUGCAUGCUUGCUGGGAGCAGAACUGUGUCACGCCCGCAGAGCCCUCAUGUCAUCACCUGGCACUUAUCUUAGUGGGACCUGAACCGAGGCCAAGUCAAUAAGUGGAGCUGCGGCGCAUAAACCACUGCACGCACAGCAGAUCUACAUUCAUUAAAAGCACACCGAGGCCUCAUCAGUAUCCCUACAACGCCGCUACACUAAUCCUGACAGUGACACCCUGUCAUUUAUUACGGGCCUACUGGGAUGCUGAGGAACACCAGGUCGCCGAGCUUUAGCUUUCGUGUGUGCAUAUAUGUGUGUGUGUGUGUGUGUGUGGGUGUGUGCCGGGUCCAAAGAGGCAGACUGGUAGAGAAACAUAUGCCAGACCAUCUGCCUCCGACGGUAGGUUACAUUUUGUUAUCUAUUAAUAAUACAGCAGAAGAGAGAAGAAGACAAACACACGUGCAUGAGUGUGUGAGCACAAGAUGAGACUGGAGAGGAGCUGAUUCUUUUUUUUAACGUAGAAAAUACAGGCAACAG